AUGGCAGCCACCCACGACUACCCACCGUUGCUAAUGCUGUGGAGUUCCAGUCAUCACCGCCACCACCAAGCUGCUGUUGUCAGGGAACUCCAACCAUCACUAUGCCACCACGUCUCCAUUACUGUGAAGCUCCACCGUCAUCAGUUUCUGCUUCCUCUUGACCCCUCGUCAAACUCACCAGAGCAACAAGAAAAUGAAGCAGUCGGAGCUACCAUUGACCGGCAUUACAUCCCACCACCACUGCAGUCUGCCACCAUCGCCUUGCUGCUAUUGGUAAGUUUGUUCAAGUUUCUUUUGGGUUUAAAUUCGUCCCACCAGAUACCUGCAUCUGGAUUCGUGGGCGGUGAUAAGUGGUGGUGGGGACCUCCCAACACAGCAACGGCGGCGAGUAGUGGUUGCACAAUAGCUUCGUUGCUUCCAUCUUCCCAAUACAAGGGUGAUCGAAGAGGAAAAAAGGAGCAAGGAUUGGGGUUUGUUUAG